CCGCGGGCGGCCGACCGCCAGUAGCGCCGAGUCGGAGCCGUCGACGGGUGGUUGUAGCGGGAUCUCUGCUCCUGGCACAGACGGUGAGUGCCGCCAUGUCGCCGCCGCCGCGGCUGCUGCAGCUGCCGCUGCUGACACUGGCCGUACUGGCGGCGUCGGCGACCGCUGCGCUGACCGGCGCCGACCCGUCAGCCGGCCGCGUCCUGAGCGUGCCGCCGAUCUCAGACCAGGAGCACGUGCGGACAGACGGCACUGACGACCUGGGCUUCAGCGGCCCCGUCCGGCUAGACACGGACCCCCUCAAACGGCUGUGGGGUGUAUCGGACGCUACCGCGCGCGCUGGACGACUGUUCGUGCACGCCAUCGACAGGGACGCCUUCCAGGGCUCCGUGGAGCGCUUCGAGGUUGGCGGCGCCAAGGGCAGCAGCCCGCUGCCCCGCUGGCUGACGUUUGAUGCCGCUCGGCGCACCUUCUCUGGUGUGCCACUGGUGUCUGAUCUCGGUCCCCACAUCGUCUCCGUGCGAGCGGUGGGCCCUCACGGAGCUUCGGCCACGGACCGCUUCAUGGUGGACGUGGUCCUGGAGCCAGACGCCGACCCCGCCGAACGACUGGCGGCUCUGGACGGCGAGACUGGCGAGGUGGGCUGCGCCGGUGACACCGCCACCACCGUCCUCUCGGUGUUCUUUGACGUGCCGCCACAGUCGCUGGAUGGGGCGCAGAGACAAGCGCUGCUGCGGACUGUGGCAGACCGUCUCCAGGUGGACGCCAGUUCCACGGACGUCUCUGAGACCACCAGUCUGCCUCUGGACGGGCCCAGUGUGCUGGAGGCGGCCGCUGCCGCCGGCGGUCGUCACGCGGGCCCCCUGACAGCGCUCUCCUGGCGGGUGGGCUGCUCAGGCCGGCUGCGCGCAGAGUGGCGGUCCACGCUGCAGGCACUCCGCUCCGACUCUCACCUGGGUCAGCUGGCGGCCGCCGCGGGCCGACCGGCCUCCGGCUGGGUUCUCACCGCCCGCUCCCCGACCGGCCGCCACCGCCGCGAGAUCGACGGAUCCGGAGCCGGGUACUCGGACGACGACUACAGCUACGAUGACUACGACUACAACUACGACGACUACAGUUACGAGGACUACCCGGCGUCGCGCGUGGUGCCCUCGCUGGCGACUCCGUCUCUGGGCGCGCCGCCCUCCUCGCCUGUGUACGACCCGCCGCGCGUCUGGUCGUCGGUGUCUCUCUCGGGGAUGAGCACGCCGGUUCCUGUGCCGGUGCGGCCUACCAUCUACCCGGGAGGCCUGGAGCCGAGCGGGCGGGUACCGGACUGGGAUGCGCCGCCGCCGCCGCACCAUACCACCCACCUCGAGUCGUCCAUGGCCGUUCCCGACGGACGGGUGGAGAUGACGGCUCGUCUGCCGGACGGCGCGGCCGUGGCGCCGACCGCCGCCUGGAACGAUAUUCUCACGGAGACCGCCACGGUGGCCGUGCCCAACUUCCCACCGCACGUGAAGCGCCACAUGCGCAAACAGCUGCUAGUGGCUGGGAAGGAGUUCCGCGUGCGCGUGCCUGAGGAGACGUUCGAGGACCUCGAGUCGGGCACCACGCGCCAGCUGAGACUGAGCGUACGCCGCGCCGACGGUCAGCCGUUGGCGGCCGACAGCUGGCUCCAGUUCGACGCCGACACCCAGGAGAUCUACGGACUGCCUCACGAGGAGCACGUUGGCGAGUACCAGUUCGAGCUGAUUGCCGAGGACGAGGGCGGCCUGACCACCUCUGAGCUGCUGUCCGUGUCGCUGCGACUGUCACCGCGCUGGCGGGCCAUCAACCACCGCUUCUACCUGACCUUCGAGCUGCUCCGGCCGGCCGACUUCAACCGAACGGUGGACUGGGAGCUGCUGCUGCUGAGGAAGCUGGCCGGCCUGUUUAACCAGAGCUCGGCCUCCAGCCUGCUGGUCUACGACAUUCGACAGAUCGACGGCUCCGUCCGGCUCGGCUGGGUCAACGACACCAUCAGCACACACCGCUGCGACAAACGCGCUCUGGCGCGCGUCGCCUCGCUCCUGCUGGGUAAGGACGGCGGUCCCACGGCGCAGCUUCGCAACGCGCUGCAGCCCCAGUUCCAGGCGCAGAAGAUACGUCUGGAGCUGCUGAACGUGUGCCACGGCGCGGAGCUGGAGUCGGUGCCCCCGCCGGCCACGGAGAAGCCGCGGGAGAACUCUGAGCCGCAGCGGCUGCGGCAGCUCGACCGGAUCCCGGCCAGUGUCGGCAAACUGCUCAAACUGCAGGUGCCGGCCGACACGUUCUUUGAUGAGGAGGACGGCUACGCACGGGAGAUGGAGCUGCGUCUGCUCACCGGCGACCGCCAGCCGGUGCCGCCAUCCAGCUGGCUGCAAUUCGAGCCCAAGAACCAGGAGUUCAUCGGCUUGCCGCUCGAUGAACACGUUGGGCGGACCCACUACCACCUGGAAUGUAUCGACAGCGGCGGUCUGAAGACGUUCGACUCGAUCGAAGUCGAGGUCGCCCCGCGGCAAAACAACACAGAUUACACCGUCGAGUUCGGCGUCACGCUGCAAAACGACUUCGCGUCCUUCAGCAGCGACCCGCUGCAGAAACAGCGCCUCAUUGAGAAGCUGGCCGAGCUGCUGGGCGACUCCAGCGCCGACUCCAUCCUCGUGCACUCUAUCCAGGAGGGCUCGGUGCUGUUCUCGUGGUUCAACGAGUCACUGCCGCGCGAGCACUGUCCGGAUGACGAGAUCACGGCGCUGCGCAGCGCUCUGCUGGACGACGACCGCGUGCAGCCGGCCGCCGUGCAGGCGCUCGGGCCAGAGUUUCGUCUGGUGAACGCGUCGGUAACGCCGCGCGGUAUCUGUCUGGCCGACGAGACGCCCACCACAGAGGCGGCGCCGACGGUGGCCGCUGGGCCGCGCGACGAGGAGGCCCCCGAGAGCAAGGGAGACGAGUACCUGGUGACGUUCAUUAUACCGGCAGUGGUGAUCGCCGCCAUGCUCAUCAUUGCCGGCUUGAUCGCCUGCGUGUUGUACCGCGCCCGGCGCCGCGGAAAGAUGACCAUGACCGAUAACGGUACGUACGUCAGUCGUGGCAUCCCGGUCAUCUUCUCUGACGAGCUUGAGGACCGUAUGGAGAAGAACGCCAAGACGCCUGUGAUUCUGACCAAUGAGCGGCCGCCCGAGCCGCCCACCUAUCCGUCCGAGGACGCGUCGCCGGCCACGCCCAUGCUGGACGCGCGUGGCGAGCCGGCUGGCUCGGGCAGCGAGGACACUCCGUACGUGCGGCCGGCGCCAUUCGCCUCCGCCGACGACUCGGCUCGGUCGGGCCGCACCCGGCCGGCGGCGAAUUACCGACAGCCGCCGCCCUACGUGCCACCCUAGUGGGCCGACGGGCCGGUGCGCGGAGCGUCCAUCGUCCGCGCUACUUAGCGAUAUCAUAACGGUGAUGAAGCGGCCCGGUAUCAUUCCUCGGGUGGGGCGCCGGCGCCGGCCGCCGCCAGGACUAGGGAGGUGGACGGCCCGGGCUGCGCUCAAACCGCUCUCUUGGUGUUAUCGGUGUACUGUGCGGCGCGCGGACGACCUGUGACUGAGGUGUGCUGCGCGCGGGUUACGCGGGCGAAGCCGGCCGCGGAAGCUGUCCAGAGGACAGUCAAGUCAGUGCAUCAGUCAUCGGCGCUCUCCCCGCACAGCAGAAGGGCGCCGUUAGUGGGGGCAUUCAGUAUUGUGGGCCGGGCAUUUCUGUGUACCGCUAUAAGGAGGUGUAUCGUACUGCCGGACGGGGCGGGGAGGGGGCGGAGAGGACCGCCGAGCGGCGGCAGCGCGGCCGGUGCGUCUGAUCCGCCAAACCAGUCACUGUUCAUGUUGAGAUUACCCAGGGACGCCUGAAUACACGCUGCCGAGUGGCCAGUGCUGUGA